AUGAGUGGUUCUGGAGGGUACUAUAAGUAUCGGUGCAAGUACUGGUUGACUUACAAUUGCCCGCAUUGGGUUUGGGUGAAUAACGCACCAUGUGCACAUUGUCUUGCAGACGGUCGUGAUUCUGAAAUGGCUGAAAUGUCAGCUCCGUUCCGCCUCUCACGAGAGGUAUUUGUACCACAAUUCGAAGAUGGCAUGCUUCUUUACACCGUCAUGGAGAUCGUUGCUGGAAGUGAUUGGGAUAGUGGCUGGGCUGUCAAAGAAACGCCAGCCGAGCCAGCCUUCCCCAGCGUCACUGGACCAACUGCAGUUACCAUCUCUGCGAUGGAUGGGGUUGAUACUCAGGAGACUGGAAAGAUCGGAGUCCAAAGUCCGGCUGCAGGAAGAAACUGA